CCAACCCGGACGCGCGGUGUCCUGGCGGCUGCGAGGAUCUCAUUCUCCUGACCUGGCCCGUCUUGACCCUGCCUGGGCGCGCCAUGUUCGUACGUGGGUCCCGGAGGCGCCGCUCUGGGCGUUCGCCUCCCGAGGCAGAGGACCCAGACCGAGGCCAGCCCUGCAAUUUCUGCAGGGAGCAGUGCCCUGGCUUCCUGCUGCACCGCUGGAGGAAGAUCUGCCAGCACUGCAAAUGCCCUCGGGAGGAGCACGCUGUGCACGCAGUGCCUGUGGACCUGGAACGCAUCAUGUGUCGGCUAAUCUCAGACUUCCAGCGCCACUCCAUCUCUGAUGAUGACUCGGGCUGUGCCUCAGAGGAGUAUGCUUGGGUGCCCCCUGGUCUCAAGCCAGAGCAGGUAUACCAAUUUUUCAGCUGCCUCCCAGAGGACAAGGUCCCCUACGUCAACAGUCCCGGGGAGAAAUACAGAAUCAAGCAGCUGCUGCACCAGCUGCCCCCACAUGACAGUGAGGCACAGUACUGCACAGCACUGGAAGAGGAGGAGAAGAAAGAGCUCAAAGCUUUCAGCCAGCAGCGGAAACGGGAGAAUCUGGGGCGAGGCACUGUGCGAAUCUUCCCUGUGACCAUCACUGGGGCCAUCUGUGAGGAGUGUGGGAAGCAGAUUGGAGGUGGGGACAUUGCAGUGUUUGCCAGCCGAGCAGGACUGGGUGUCUGCUGGCACCCCCAGUGUUUUGUGUGCUCCACGUGCCGGGAGCUGCUGGUGGAUCUCAUCUACUUCUACCAUGCUGGCAAGGUCUACUGUGGUCGUCACCAUGCCGAACGCCUGCGCCCACGCUGCCAAGCCUGUGACGAGAUCAUCUUCUCCCCUGAGUGCACGGAGGCUGAAGGCCGGCACUGGCACAUGGGUCACUUCUGCUGCUUCGAGUGUGAAGCAUCGCUAGGAGGUCAGCGCUAUGUCAUGCGUCAGAGUCGCCCCCACUGCUGCGCCUGCUAUGAGGCCCGCCAUGCAGAGUACUGUGACGGCUGUGGGGAACACAUCGGCCUGGACCAGGGCCAGAUGACUUAUGAGGGCCAGCAUUGGCACGCCUCAGACCACUGCUUCUGCUGCAGUCGUUGCGGGCGAGCCCUGCUGGGUCGCCCCUUCCUGCCACGCCGUGGCCUAAUCUUCUGCUCUCGAGCCUGCAGCCUGGGGUCGGAGCCCACGGCUCCAGGGCCAGGCCGCCGCAGCUGGAGCGCAGGUACAGUCCCUGCACCACUUGCAGCCUCCACAGCCUCUUUUUCUGCUGUGGAGGAGACAUCUGAGCUCACCACCAAAGACACCAGUACUGAGCCAGAGCCUGCUGCAGGCCCCAAGGAGCCCACCCACUUUCUGAGAGGGGCCCCUCACCGACACUCCAUGCCCGAGCUGGGGCUACACAGUGCUCCUGAGCCACCCUCAGGGACCCCCAGCCAGCUGGACCCUGAAGAUGGUGCCUUCAGUCGACAGAGUGCCCCUCGUGUCAGCUUCCGAGACCCUCUGGUGUCUGAGGGAGGCCCUCGUCGGACCCUGAGUGCACCUCCAGCCCAGCGCCGCAGGCCUCGCAGUCCCCCUCCCAGGGCCCCCACACGUCGCCACAGCCACCAUUAUCUCUACCGCCACCGCCACCGCCACCAGUCUGGAAGACUUCACCACCAUCAGUGUGACUUGGGAUCCGGGUCUGACUCAGAAUCUUGCUCUAGCUCACCCUCCAGCUCCAGCUCUGAGUCCUCAGAGGAUGAUGGCUUCUUCCUAGGGGAACGGAUCCCACUGCCCCGGCACCUGUGCAGGUCCGUGCCUGCCCAGGACACUGCAAUGGAGACCCCCAACUCUCCAUCUCCACCGGCUCCUGCAAUUUUGGGCCCAGGGAUGCCUCGCCAGGCCAGAGACAAGAACUGCAUAGUGGCUUGAAGGCAAGGCAGUCCUGGGAGGUUCUAUUCCUCCAUUCUCAAGUCAGUAGCUAACUUGAGAAUACAUCCCCUUCCUUCCUCCCUCUGUGCCAUUGAAGUAAUUUCAUAUUUGAUGUAAAACAGGCCUGGCUUUUUUACCUCCUUGCUGUAGCUGUCCACAUUCCCAAUUCUUCCCCUCCUGAUGCUUGAGAUUUAUCUAUACUUGAUCAAAGGAUUAAUUUAUUCAUUAUCA